CGCCAAACCAAAACCAAACGUCAACGAUGUCAACCCUCAAUGAUGUCCUCAACCUCGUGUCGACGGAGAUCUUGCACUGAGUAUGCACUACCCAUACAAUAGAUUGUAGUCAAGAAGCCAUAGCUCUCUACACAAAAUUACGCCAGGAUCAAUCCAAGCCAAAGGUGACCUGUUCAAGUCUUCUUCCAGUUUCUUUCGCAAAGUGCUUGAUUGGUAGAAUAUGCAUCCACUACUCUGCCAAGUGUUGAUUCUUUGCUGGGCACUCGAGACAUCUACUGGAUUUCUUCUAGACAGAAAUGCUGCGGCCACAUCCACCACAAGAACCGGAUAUACUACGGCAUGCACAUCUCUGGCUCUGGCUCCACAGCAACUGGGAUCUUUUGAAACGCUAGAGUUGAGCAGCACAACAAUUUCUCCUUCCGAUAGAAGAGUGGUACUAGAAGACUUGGUUUCAGCAGAUGCAAACAAUAGAGUCCAAUUUGAAGAAUCCUGGGAUUGGCAAAAGCACCUCUUGCAAGAGCAUGCCGAUCGAAUCGUCAACACGCCUGAAGUGGGACCCUUCUUGACGACACAAGAUAAUGGCAAAAAUAACGAGGUUGGAUCAUCCUCGUUGACGUCCGGUGGCUUGGAUACCAUUUUCAUGCUGGAGCACGAGGCCGUCUACACAUUGGGGACAGGCUCAGACGAAAAGUUUAUCCUUGGCACCAACCCCAAUGUUCCCACCAUUCGAAUGGACAGAGGAGGUGAAGUGACAUAUCAUGGUCCUGGACAGCUUGUGGUGUAUCCUGUAUUGGAUCUUCGAUACUACAAACAAGAUAUUCACUGGUAUAUGCGUGCCCUGGAGGAAUGCAUACUCGUGGCACUGCACAAGUGUGGAUUGGAAACCGCCGAACGACAGGAUGAUACCACUGGCAUUUGGAUUGACAAUCACAAAGUGGCGGCCAUUGGAGUGAAAUGCCGCAAAUGGAUUACCAUGCACGGUCUGGCCGUCAAUGUGGAAACUACCGCCUUGGAAAAUUUUCAAGGCAUUGUCCCCUGUGGUUUGGAAGGCCGCCAAGUGGGAUGUGUCAAUCAGUUCUUGGAACAGCAGGGGAAACCGUCCAUUACGGUGCGUGAAUUUGCUCCGUACAUGAAAGAGGCACUGGCAGAUGUAUUCCAAAUUCAAUUCGAGACAAGAAUACGAGAUACUUUGCCCACAAAAUAAUAAGAGGCCAAAAAGCAAUUCUUGCCACCUGUUGUCGCCUGGCUGCGCGUUUUUGUGGACAUUGAUACAUUAACCUCCACCCAUUAUUACAAUCUAAAAGUCCGGAUCGCACGUUCCAACCGCAGAACUAAGCUAUGUCGUUCUAGAGUAGCCCCAUCAUUCUAUGGAUUCGGAU